AUGAACCAUCAGAUUCCCCCCUCGGGGCCAGCGGAGCUCGCGGUGGACCCCGAAUACCUCGUUAAGGUGAACUCGUUUAUCCGCCAGCGCCGCCUCGAGCUGCUCGGCCCCGAAAACAUCGCGCCCGUCUCCGCCGUGCAGGUCGCUCCGCCGCGCCAUCCCCCUAUCGAACCGCACCAAACCCCCAUUCAACCGCACCACCCUGCGAUCCAACCGCGGAUUGAUCCCCCCCACACUGCGCUGGUUGGCCCUGCCAGCAUCGCGCCCGUCUCCGCCGCGCAGGUAGCUCUGCCGCGCCAUCCAUCCCCUGCCGUUUUAGCCGCCAGCGAUCCAUCUGCUGCGCGAAUCGCUCAGCCCGCUCCUCGCGCAGACGGCUUCGGGAUUGCCGCUUCGGCUGAAGGCGCCUCGUCCGCCGUUGGAUCGUCAACGAGGCAGGCGAUCAACGGUGCGCCGGCGGAUGGGCGAGAAGAUGGCGAUCUGAGGGCCAACGGCGGGACGAGCCUCGCUGCUGCUGCAGUGCCCACAGCUACAGCCCUUUCACUGAUGACUGCUGCAAUGACCACACAUACAGCCCCUUCAGCUGUGGCUCCUGCUGCUAUUGCUCCUGCUGCUGCAGCGGUUGCGGCUGCAGCUGGUGCAGCUGGUGCAGCUGGUGCAGCUGGUGCAGCUGGUGCAGCUGGUGCAGCUGGUGUUACAUCGAGCGUUGCGUCUCACCCCGUCAUCGCUGCUGCUGCCACUCCUCCGGUUCCCAUUGCACCGCCUCCGAUCCAUCCCGCCGCUAGUGCUGACUCCGCUGCCACGUCAGCAACGACUGCUGCUCCCGUCGUGACUGUCCCUACUGCUAGCGCGGACGCAGCUGCGGCAUCAUCUGUUGCCACGGAACCCUCUUCUGCUCCCCCGCUCACUGCUGCUGCUACCACCCUCCGUCUCCCUGCGCCUUCCCUGCUUGCUACCGCUGGCGGUGCUGCUGCGCGCGCUGAGGCGGGGCAACCCGCUCCUGCUGGCGCAGCGAUGGCUGGCGCGCUCCUGCAGCAGCCGCAGGGGCGACAGGCGGAGGGGGACGCUGGCGCGCGCAGGCAGGGGAGCGCGCAAGGCGAUAGAAAGGCGGAUGCUUCUAACGGGAGUGUUUCUAAAGGGGGAGGUGAGGGGGGAGAGGGGGAGGAGGAUGAGGGGAGUGGUGAUGGAGAUGGCGGGGGAAGGCGGGGAGGCGGGCGGAGGGGCGGGGGAGGGAGCGGGGGUGGAAGAGGGGGCGGAGGUAAUAGGAGGGGAGGGGGAGGGGGAGGGGGAGGGGCGGGGGGUUCUUCGUCUGGGGGAGGGCGGGGAGGGGGAAGCAGGGGGUACGGGGGAAGGGGAGGAGGGGGUGGGGGAGGCGGAAGGGGAGGCGGGUGGAGGGGGGGAGGGGGGAGAAGGGGGGGAGGGAGCAGGUCGGCGGAUGGGGGAACGGCCCCUGGGGCUUCCGGGGAAGAGGCGGAGGGGUGGGAAGAGUAUGGGGGGGACGGGGAGGAGGAUGGGGGGGAGUGGAUGGCUGGGGAGGAGGUUGUGGGGGAGGGAGAAGGGGAGGGGGAGGGGGAAGGGGAGGAGGAGCAGGGGGAUGGGGGCGUUGAUGAGCGGGAGGAGGAGGGGAGGGAGGAAGAGGAGCGAGGGAGAGAGGAGAGGGGGGCUGAGCAGGCGAAUACCGAGAGAAUCCCUUUGGGCACCGGGGUAGGGGACGGGAGAGGGGGUUUAGAAGGGGGAGAGGGGGGAGAAGGGGGAGAGGGGGGAGAAGGGGGAGAGGGGGGAGAAGGGGGAGAGGGGGGAGAAGGGGGAGAGGGGGGAGAAGGGGGAGAGGGGGGAGAAGGGGGAGAGAGGGGAGAAGGGGGAGAGCGGGGAGAGGGGCAAGAGUUGCGAGAGGGGGUGGUAAAGAGGGAGGAAGCGGCGGAGCAAGGGCAGGUGAUGGAGGAGGGGAGGGGAGAGGGAGACGUGGAAGAGGAGAGGAAGAGGCGAGGAGAUGAGAGGGUGGCAGACGGAGCAUUGGAAGGGACGGAGAUUGCGGGAGGAGGAGGUUCAGGCAGCGGUGAAGCAAGAGAGUGUGAGGAAGGUGAAGCGUGUGGGGCGAAGGAUGCUUCUGGGCCGACUCACGAGUCACCUGGUGGUGUUGCGUGUAUGGAUGGAGGGUGUGGGGAGACGGAGGAGAGGGAAGAGGGGGAGGAGCGUGAGGUGGGGAAGGAAGGAGGCGAUGGGGAGGAUAUGGCAGGCGAGGCGGGGAGUGGGGAGAAGGAGAGGGAAGGCGUGGAGGACGGAGGAGGAGAGGAGCGGGGAAGAGAAGUGAGUGAAGAAUCGGAGAGGAGUGUUGAAAGGGAGAGAGAGGAGCGAGGGGAAAGACAGCAGGAAGGAGUGCCGGAAAAGGAGCAGCAAGAGGAGCAGGAAGGGGGGCAGGAAGGGGGGCAGGAAGGGGGGCAGGGAAAGGAGCAGGAGGGGACGCGGGAUGAUAGGGAGGAGGCGAGUGGGAAAGGAAAGGCACCAAUUGAAACGAGUCGAGGUGCAGAUGCUGCAUCUUGCUCUCCCUCCGCUCCUUCUCUCCCAGAGAACGCGGCGCAUGCCUCUCCGCUUCCUGCUGCUGCCUCCGCUCCUGUGGCAAUCCCUGCUGGUAAUGCUGCAGCAAUUCCCGUCGCAAUUGCGGCUAAAGAGGGGAUUCCUGGCGUUGCGGAUGGGUACGGUGCGGUGAGCAGCAGUAGAGAGUGCACCCGUGUGGUGGCAGAGGCGGGUGAGGAGCAGCAAGCAGCAGACUGCCACACACUGCCAGGAAACACGCCACACACUCAGUCACAGACAGAGACAUGCGAGCAAGCAGCAGAUUGCUGUGUCCCCACUGCCCGAGAGUCACCUUCCCUCCUCCCAGCCUCACCAGCAGCUGCUGCCGCUUCUCCUUUCCCUACCACGGCCUCUCUCCCCUCUGCUGCCACCCCUCCCUCAGCCACCCCUCCCUCCGCCACUCCUCCCUCGUCGUCUCCUCACCCCUCUUCUUCUCCUCUCGCUGCAUCUCCAUGCUCCCUUGCUCCUGCAACCCUCCCCUCUGGCGAUCCCUCCUCCCACCCAACUCCCUCUCCUCCAGAGGCGUCCUCUCAGCCUAACCCUUCCCCCGCUGCAGGCACAGCGACCGGUACCCCUCCCGCCGCUGCACUGCCAGAAGCAGCAGCUGAAGCAGAAGCAGCAGGAGCUGCAGCAGCUGGUGCUGGUGCUCUCCCCCACGGGGUUCCAGACGCAGAGAAAGGCAUUCUCGGCAAAGGCUACGGACCCCCUCUGACCCUGCCCAUGCCCGUGCCCAUGCCCAUGCCCAUGCCUCUGCCUGUGCCUCUGCCCGUUCCGCCUGGUGUGAGCGCCAUGCAGUGCGCGCCUGGGGGCUGGGCUGGGGUUGCUGCUGAUGCGGCAUGGCAUGCCAUGUCUGCUGGCAUGCCCAUGCAGGGAGGGGGUCCAAUGGCCGUGCCGGGAGGGGUACCCAUGCCCAUGCCUCCUGUGCAGGGGGGAAUGUACAUGCCCAUGCAUGUGGCUGGUGCUGUAGGCAUGGGAACAGGCAUUGGAGCAGGCAUGGGAGCAGACAUGGGAGCAGACAUGGGAGCAGGCAUGGGAGCAGGCAUGGGAACAGGCAUGGGAGCAGGCAUGGGAGCAGGCAUGGGAGCAGGCAUGGGAGCAGGCAUGGGAGCAGGCAUGGGAACAGGCAUGGGAGCAGGUAUGGGAACAGACAUGGAGAUGGGUAUUGGGAUGGGUAGGGAUCCGUGCAUGGGUGUGGGCAUUGGUACGGGCAUGGCCACUGACAUGGUCAUGGGUACAGGCAUGGGUAUGGGCAUGGGAACAGGGUCGUCUGGUUGGGGCAGGGAUGGGAGGGCAUGGCAGGGGGGGAUGGAGGGCGCUGGUUGUGUGGGUGACGAGGGGUGGGGGGUAAGUGGAGGGGUAGGGAGAGCGGAGAGUGUGGGUGUGGGGAAGGGAGGGGAGGAGGAAGGAGAAGAAUGGGUGGGAGCGACAGCGUUGGGUGCUGGGGUUGGGAAGGAGUGUGGUGCGGGGGGGAGAGGAGGCAGAGGAGGAGGAGGAGGAGGAGGAGGAGGAAGAAUAGGAGACAACAGUGGUAAGAGAGGAGGGAGGGGAUCAGGAGGAGCAGGGUCAGCCACGUGUGCAGCACCUGUCCACGUGUACUCCUUUGAGCAGCUCAAACAGAUCGGGCUGCAGUCCGUCCAGUACCAGUGUGACACGUGGCGCACCAUGAAUGGCAGCACGCAGCUGGCUGUGGAAGAGCUCAUGAGGGACGUGGCAAGAGGGGGGGGAGGGGGAGGGGGCGGGGGAGGCACAUGGGGAGGCGGAGGUGGGGGAGGGGGAGGGGCGGGGGAGAAGGGGACCAUCGAUGAUUCUGCGGCCACUACUGCCGCCUCUACCUCCGCAGCAGCUGCUGCUGCCGCACAAGCAAGUGGUGGGAGCUCUGCUGAUGGUGAGAUGGGUGAAAACGCUGGGAGGAGCUUGGCCGAUGCCAGUGCUGCUGCGGUUAAUGCUGGCGCCGCUGCCACUGCUUCUUCUGCUCUUUCUGCUGCUACUGGUGGUGGUGGUGCUGCUGCUGCUGCUGCUGCUGCUGCUGCUGCUGCUUCUGUUUCUGCUUCUGUUGCCGCUGGUGGCAGGUGGGACGGUCUGAAGGAGUGUGGAACUACUGAGUCUCAACGCAGACCACUCCAAGAGGAGGAGCGGUGGGGGGGGCAGUGGGGCAAGCAGGACGGGGGAAAGCAGGAAGCGGGGCAGCAGGAGGAGGAGUGGGAGGAGGAGGAAGAGGAAGAGGAGGUGCUGCAGGCGAGGGCUCUCCCAGUGUAUGGCGAGCCGGACUUCUCCAUUCCUCACCCGCUGGAUGGCCUCGAGUACCUGCGACGAGUCAGGUGGGAGAGGGAGCGCGUGCCCAAGGUGGUUGUUGCAGCACCCAAUGAGAAGCCGCCACCUGGCGGCAAUCCUACCAGCGGCGGUGCCCCUGUGGCCCUGGGUCCGCGUCACCUGCCGCGAGUGGCUGCUGUGCCGGCCUGCCCCGCCCUGCUGCUGCCCUCCCACGAGUGGCGGCAGUACGUGCAAGCCGCCUUUGGUUACCUGCGCCAGAGCCUUGAAGGCGUCGACGAAUCACGAGUCCCCACGUGUCAUGGCAUGCCAAUCCCAUCGCACCGCGACCUGCACGCGUGGCACUCCUACUGCUUUGGCCGCUCUCUGCCUUGUGACACGGGGGAGGCGGGAGAGGGGGGAACCGGGGGAGGGGGAAAAGUGGCGGCGAGACGGAAGGCGAAGAGGAGAGUAGGGAAGAAGGUGGGUGGCAUGGGAGAAGGAGAGGAUUGCAGUGAGGUAGACCUGGGGGAGGGAAGCGAGAGAGGAGAGAGUGAGGGGGGAGGGAGUGAGGAGGAGGGCAGCAGAGAGGGGGAAGGGGAAGUGGAUGGGGAUGAUGAGGAGAAGGAUUUGAUUGGCGAGGAGGAGGGGGGCGCGUGGGAGGAGGACGUGGAUGGGGAGCGAGAGAAGGAUGAGGGAGUGGAGGAGGUUGGGGGUGGAGCAAGGGAGGAGGAGGUGGGUGGUGAAAGAGGAGAGAAGGAGGCAAAGGGUGAAAAGGGAGAGGAAGAAGUGGAGGAUGGUGGGGAGGGGAAGACGAAGGAGGGGGGUGAGGUUUGUUGUGGUUCGGAAGCAGAGUGUGAAGGGAUGGAGGAUGGGGGGAAAAGGGGGAGCGAGUGUGUGGAGAAAGAUGGAGGAGAGGAGAGAGGUGAGGGAGGGGAGGCGUGUGAAUCAGGAGGUGAUGGGAAGAUCGAAGACGGGAGUUUGAGAGGGGAGGCGGAAGGGGAUGCCAGUGCCAGCGUGCGUGACACGGCAUGUGACACUGCACAUGACACUGCACAUGAAACUUUACAUGACACUGCAGAUGACACUGCACAUGAUAUUGCAUUGGGUGCAAGUGAGAGCGAACAGGGAAAGCAGCAGCAAGAAGAGGGACGAGGGGAAGGAGAGGCACCCAGAGGCCUGGCGCUGCUGCUGCCGUACACGACAGCGCAGAGCAAGGCACCCACUGACAGAAUCUCAAGAGGACUCACAGAAGGGCUGCUUGAAAAGCUGUCAGAGCAACUGCCGGAGGGACUUUCGGUAAAGGGGCUUUCUGUGAAGGACCCUGAAGGAGUUGCAGGGGGAAUGGAGGAGGAGAGGGUGGUUGCACAAGGGGUUAUGGCAGGGGAUGAUGUGGCAGGGGAUGAUGUGGCAGGGGGUGAUGUGGCAGGGGAUGAUGUGGCAGGGGAUGAUGUGGCAGGGGGUGAUGUGGCAGGGGAUGAUGUGGCAGGGGAUGAUGUGGCAGGGGAUGACGUGGCAGGGGAUGAUGUGGCAGGGGGUGAUGUGGGAGGAGAUGUGUUGGGAAGGGGUGAUGCAGGCAUGGGGUGUGGUGGAUUGAGGGAAACACUGGACGAGAUGAUCAACUACUCGGGACCCCUGCCUCUUUGGGUGCCAGAUAAUGACGAAAGCAGCAACCCUGGUCUUGAUCCAUCUGAAGACUAUACUGAGCAACCAUCCAUGCCAGUGCCAUGGCCGUCAGAUGCUGACGUGGCAGCCAUGGAGUGCGUGCUCCCGGGCCGGGCCAAUCAGCUCGCUCCGUUGCUCGGCACGGUGCUACACUGCGAUGCUGUUGGCCGAGCCGCCCUCCUCCGCGCCCAUGUGGACUGGGCCAUCGGCCAAUCAGCAGUUGACACGUGGCGGGGAAUGUGGCUGGUGGCAUGGGCGGCAGGGGUGGACGAGCCAAUAGAAGCAGAGACGGCAGCAGCGCUGCGAGAGCUGCUGAGGAAGUGUGCUGGGCUGAGGGCUUCGAUACAGUCACGUGAGGACCAAGGGUUGGAAAUGCUGAAUAUUCUUAUAGAGAUUGCGGGGGGGUAUUUCAAACAGGGAUCAAAGGAGGAGAUGGAGCAGGCUGUUUGGGAGGAGCAGGGAGGGAUUGAAGUGGAGGGAAUGGCAAAAUGUGGAGAAGAACAGGGAGAGGAGGAAGGGUCUGGGGUGGUGAGUGCUGAUGGGGAGGGUGUAGAAACAGAGCAGGAGAGCAUGGAGAUGAUUGGUGGAGGGCAGCUUGUGGUGGAUGCAGCAGGGGCUGUUGAGGCGGGCACAGAGCCACAUCGCAACACCCUCCUCGCCUCUCCCCGCCUCUCCCCACCUCUCCCAACCCCUCCCCACCUCUCCCUCUCCUCAACCAUCAUGCUGAGCGGCGCAGCGCGUCGCAAGGGCCAUCAGCGCUUCUCGCUCCUCCUGCUCGACGACGGGGACCACUACAUAACCGACUGGGUCGCCACGUGUCACCUCGUGGAUGGCCAGCCGCGCGCGCUCGCCGGCGGGCGGCUGCGGCUGUGCAUGAAGUCGCUUUUCUUCGAGCCGCAGGACCCCGCCAUCCCCAUUAUAAUGUUCCCCAUGCCGCACAUACUAGUCGUUUUCCACCCCGCGUCGCGCCGCCGGUACCGCUCGCAGCUGGGCGCGAAACUCGCCGCGGAGGGGCGCAUCCGCGCGGAGUGGGCGGGGGAAGGCGCGGGGGCGGGCGGGGGGGACGGGGAAAGCGGCGAAAACGGCGGGUUUGGCGGAGGUCGGGGCGGAGGACGGAGGAGCGAUGGGGGAAGGCUGGGGAAUGCGUAUGGGGAUGGGGGGUAUGGGGGAGAUAAGGGUUAUGGGGAUGUGGUGUAUGUGACAACAGGCAUGUACGUGGCAAUGAAGGCGUGUGGGCAGGACGUGCCGUACGAGUUUGAGAAGAAAGAGAUCGAUGAGGGCCACCUGCCGUCCACGUGGGCCUUCUCCCUUGACUACUCGCCCACCUCAAGGCUCUUAGACGAAGCCCUACCUGUGCUGGGAGUGCAGCUGCUGCCAUACGAGCAGAGGGACAUGGAGGUGGCACGCCGCCUGUCCCUCAUGGAGGCGUCGGCGCCCUUUGAUGUCAGCCGCCUUGUGGACCUCUCCGAACACAUCCUCCUCGACUGCCUCGCCUCCCAGGUUCGGCCUCUGGUUCGGGAGCCGGGCCGCCUUGUGAUCACACAGCAGCGGCUUUACUUCCAGGUGACAACUGGUGCAGGUGACGUCUGCCAUUACACGCAAUUAGCAGUGAGAGUCCCCUCCGAAUCUUCCCGCUGCCCCUGCUCCUCUCCGCUGCCCGCCGCCGCCACUCCCUGCGCCCCCGCGGCCUCGAAAUCUUCUUCUCCUGCCCGGACCAAUCGCAGAGUGCCAGCUCAGGAGGUGCAGGCGGAGGAGGUCUGGAGGGGGGAGGCGGCACUGGUGGGAGAGGAGGGGGUGAGUGGGGGGAGUGGGGGGGGCGGGGGGAGUGGGGGCGGAGGACCGUUGGGGGAUGGCAGCAGUGUGUUCUUCGUGUUCAGCUCUCAGGGGGAGAGGGACCGAGCCGCUGCGCUGCUGCAGAAGCUGUUAGGGGGUGUGUCCAGCCCAGCAGCAGCAGCAGCAUCGCUGCUAGAGGCUCACUCGCAUGCACUGCAGGCCGUCACAGGGCUGUGGCAGGUGGGGAUGGGCCAGUUAUCCACUUUUGAGACGUCUCAAAACUCCCACCUCUCCCUGUAUAUCCCUUCCCUCCCUCCCAUCCCUGUCUCCUCAUUUUCUCAUUCACUUUUCAUGAACCACCUCCCUUCCCCCUCCCUCUCCGCCCCUCCAACUGGCCGCGUAUCCAACCGCGACUACCUGCUCUUCCUCAACCUGGCAGCGGGGCGCACCAUGUGUGACUUGGCGCAGUGGCCUGUCAUGCCCUGGGUGCUCGCGGACUACUCCAGCCACUGCCUCGAUUUGAAUGACCCAGCCACCUUCAGAGACCUCUCCAAGCCAGUGGGAGCACUCAACCCGGCACGCCUUGCGGAGUUCAGAGAGCGGUACGAUGAGAUGCCUCGGGACAAGAGUGGAUCAGAGCGCACCAAGCCUUUCCUCUACGGCACACACUACUCCACCCCUGGCUAUGUGCUCUACUGGCUCGUGCGCUCUGCACCGGCACACAUGCUGCGGCUACAGAACGGUCGCUUUGACUCGCCAGACAGGCUGUUCUCGGGGCUGCAGGAGUCGUGGGAGAGUGUGCUGUCCAACGCCACCGACGUCAAGGAGCUCAUCCCCCACUUCUUCUCGCUCCCAGCGCACUUCCUCCGCCUCCCACCAGACCUCAAUCUCGGCACGCGUCAGAACGGGGUCCCAAUUGGUGAUGUCGAGCUACCUCCUUGGGCGAGGGAUGCAGAGGAUUUCAUAGUUAAGCACGUGCAGGCUCUGGAGUGCGAGUGGGUGUCGGCGAAUCUCCACCAUUGGAUCGAUCUUAUCUUUGGAUACAAGCAGCGAGGCAAGGCAGCAGAGGAGGCAGACAAUCUCUUUCAUCCGCUCACCUACGAGGGCGCAGUGGACCUCGACUCGCUCAGCAGCUUCGUGGAAAAGAGAGGCUUUGAGACCCAGAUCAACGAGUUUGGCCAAACGCCAAGGCAGCUCUUCAUCCAUCCCCACCCGCAGCGCUCCCCACGUGCCACAUCCAGCCUUGACUCGCUGCCCUCCUGUGACCCCUCCACCUCUGUCCACCUCCUCAUGCACAGCACAGCUGACGAGGCUGAUUGUGGAAGCAGCGAGACAGAUGGCACAGGUGGCAUGAUGAGGAGUGGCGGAAUGACAGCAGCAGAAGACGAGAGUGGGAGGCUGAAGGCACUGCUGCAGGGGGCGGUGGGGCUGGGCAGUUUCAACGCCAGGCGAGUAGCACAGGGUAAGGGUGCCACAGCCGCUGCACGUGCUGCAAGUGCAGUGAGUGCGGUUAGUGCUGUGGGUGCUGUGGGUGCUGCAGGUAAUGCAGCAGAUAUUGUCAUAGGGCCGAGAUCCACACCGGGGUUUGCAAGAGAAGCAGCGAUGAGGGAGAGCGAGGAAAUGGUGGCUCUAAGGGAGUGGCUGGGGGAGGUUGGUGUGGGGCGAGGACGGGAAGAGCCGCCUGUCUGCUCGCCUCCCUUCUCCCCUACUGCGCCCUUCCCUGCCUUUCAUCCCUCACCUGUGGACCCGUGCUCUGGUGGUAUUAGCACGGGUGAGAGUGAAGGGAGUGUCAAGGGGGGUGGCAGCAGAAGCAGCAUGGAAAGCAGCGGAGUGAGCAGUGCAGUGAGCAGCAACAAGAAUGGCGAGGCGAGCAGAAGAGAAGGUGGCAUAGGUAGCAGUGAGACGAGCAGCAGCAACAGCGGUAGUGGGAGUGGGAGGAGGAGGGCGAGAGUGCGGAGGGUGAAGGCACAUCGCGGAGCGGUGGUGGCAGUGGCACUGGCAGAACAUGCAGAGUCACACGACUUGCUUCUCACCACUGCGGGCGCCGAUGGCAUGGUGAAGGUGAGGGAGGCUCUUAGUGUGUAA